AUGCAGUGCUGCACGAUUACCCGCACAUGUGUGCUGCUAUGCUCGGCCGUUGCGCUGGCGCUCGCCGUGCUCGGUGUCUUUACACCGUUUUUUGAGAUGCCGGCCAGCAUCGGGAGGACCGUCCAGCUCCUGAAUGCCACUGUCCAAAGCUCCACCUUCAACAUCGAGACGGAGAAAGCGUCGCUGGAGCGUUUCGGCCUGCUGGUUAGUGGCCCGCCCGCGAACAGCAAGAUGACGCUGUGGAAGCUCACGUAUGCCUCAUCAGGGGCCAAGGCCUCCAUCAACUUGCGGGACGACUAUUUUACCUGCUUCCAGGGAAACAUGCUCAUUCAGACUGCGGAGGGGAUCGCUGUGGUUACGUGUGUCCUGGGUGUGGCAAACUUCAUAAUGUCGAUCUUUCUGUUUCUGUUUUCUGCCGUCAUCAAGUUCCCGCUGGUCGUAUACUUUUUCUUUGCGGCGGCCGCUGCGGCGGUCACGUUUGGCCUCACCCUCAACCUCUACCUCCACGGGUGGUGCACGAACCUGCCGCUCAAGACGCAGGAGUGGAACUUGUGGUAUGGCUUUGUGUUUUUUGUCAUCUCGUGCGGCGCCUCCCUCAUUGCUAGUGUCUUGACGGUCUUCUCUGAUUGA